AUGGAGCGCCUGGUCAUCGCGCGUCCGGUGCUGAAGAAAGAUGACAUUGCGCUGUAUGAGGCCCUGGUGGAACGUGCUCGUGAGCAGCAGCACUACCACAUGCUGGCGAAAGAACUGAAGGUGGACAAGACGCGCGGCCAGAGCUUGCCCAGCCACAGCAACAAGAAGUCGCCUCAUACAAAGCAACUGACAUCUACUAAGACACGCAUGCGUCAGCCUGAAGGACUCGCUAGCAAGAGGGUUGCUAUUGUGAAUGAAGUACUCGAAGUACCUUUUCGUCCUGACACCGACGCCGAGUGUAAUGUCAUUACGAAGAACAUGAUCCAAGAACUGGAAAAAGCGUCAGGUUUAGCGAUGCCGAUGGAGAUGCUAGCAGUACCGGUGAAAGUGGAAGUAGCGGAUGGGCGAUUGGUGGAGUGCUUGGAGAAAUGCGACCUUGACGUGCAGCUGCUGACUGCGGCAGGACCUGUGCGAUUACGCCGUUUAGAUUGGAUAGUGAUGGAUGGC